CCAACCCUACAUAAAAAAAGAGAUUUCAAUUAGUAAAAAAUUCUUUCUGUUAGAAUAUAAUAACAUUUUUCAAAAUGGAAGCAUAUCAAGAAUAAGCGUUGCAAACCAAAUGAAAUCAGCUGAAUCAAGUGUUCCAAACCAAACCAAAUCAGCUGAAUCAAGUGUUCCAAACCAAACCAAAUCAGCUGUAUCAAAUGGUCCAAACCAAAUCAAAUCAGCUGAAUCAGGUGUUCCAAGUCAAACCAAAUCAGCUGAAUCCAGUGCUGAAACCCAAACUAAAUCAGCUGGAUCAAGUGUUCCAAACCAAACCAAAAAAGCUGAAUCAUAUGUUUCAAACCAAACCAAAUCAGCUGAAUCAGAUGAUUUACCUGAACCUGUCGGAACAUCCGUAUCAGCAGAAAUUCUUUCAGGAGAAUCAGAAGAAGCAGACAGAUUAAAACUUCCUCAUGUUGUAAAGGCUGAAGGAGGUAUUUCGUUUGAAAAAGAUGUUCCAUUAGAAAGAGGUGUUCCAUUGGAAGAAGGAGAUAUAUCAGGAUUCAGGCCCGACCCGAUGUUUUGGUCUGGCCUCAUAAAUUCUGGAUUGUUCAGUUCUCCGUUCCUUCUUCUUCAAUCGUCCAUGCGUCCUUCAGCCUUCAGUUCCAAUCCUUCCUUCAACACAGUUCAAUUCAUCAAUAAAAUUGCAUCAUAUCAAAAUCCUUUUGAUCGUUUUAAUCCGCCAAGUUCUAAUCCAUUUAAUCCGCCCAGCUUGAAUCCUUUUAAUCCGCCAAAUUCUAAUCCAUUUAAUCCAUCCACCUCUAAUCCUUAUAAUCCGAUCAGUUCCAAUCUUUUUAAUCCAUCCAGCUCUAAUCCUCUGAAUCUGGUACAAUCCAGCUUAAAUCCUUCAAAUCCGACGAAUUCCAGUUUUAACCGGCUAGAUCUGGUGUACUCCCCUCUUAAUCCGUACACAUCCACACAACCCUCAUCCAAACCCAACCAAACGUUCCCCCAACCCGUCCAAUCCGUCCCAAAGCCCAACUACCAAAUGAUCUCCCAACUCCCAAUUUCAUCCCCUCCCAACCUGUUUGCCCGAACGGGUCCAGGAAGACGACCAAGAGAGAAAACGUUACUUCCCUGUGCUGUGUGUGGGAAAACGUUUGACCGACCGAGCUUGUUAAAAAGACACAUGAGAACUCAUACUGGAGAGAAACCACAUAUUUGUGAUGUUUGUAACAAGGGGUUUUCCACCAGCUCCAGCUUAAAUACACAUAGACGAAUUCAUAGUGGUGAGAAACCACAUCAAUGUAACGUUUGUGGAAAACGGUUCACAGCUUCAAGUAAUUUAUACUAUCACAGAAUGACUCAUAACAAGAAUAAACCACAUAAAUGCAACCACUGCUCUAAAUCCUUCCCAACACCAGGAGAUCUGAAAUCACACAGUUUUACACACAGUGGAGUCUGGCCAUUUUCAUGCCAUAGAUGUGGAAAAGGAUUCUCUAAGUAUUUAAAUCUCACAACCCAUCUUAUUAUGCAUCAAGAAGAGGAACUAGAGUGUAAAGUAUGUGGGGAGAAGUUUCAAACUCCUUUCUUAUAUCAUUCUCAUCUUAUACAACAUGCAGGGUUUGUGAACUAAGACGACAUUCAAGCCCUGCCAUUUUUCCAUCUCUCACGCUUCAAAACAUCAAUUUAGACUACAGGGUGUCCCACAUCAUAUUAGACCGUCAACAGGUCUAAAUUGCGAUUUUCGGGACUAAUAAGAAAAUUU